GAGGUUCCCUAGAAGAUGGGCGACUGGGGUUUCUUGGAGAAACUGCUGGACCAAGUCCAGGAGCAUUCGACGGUCAUCGGGAAGAUCUGGCUCACUGUGCUCUUCAUCUUCCGCAUCCUCAUCCUGGGCUUGGCUGGGGAGUCGGUGUGGGGGGAUGAGCAGUCGGAUUUCGUGUGUAACACCAAGCAGCCGGGCUGCACCAACGUCUGCUAUGACAAGGCCUUCCCCAUCUCCCACAUCCGCUACUGGGUGCUCCAGUUCCUCUUUGUCAGCACCCCAACCCUGAUUUACCUUGGCCACGUUGUCUAUCUCUCCCGGAAGGAGGAGAAGCUGAAGCAACAGGAGAGCGAGCUUCGGGCUAUCCACAGCAAGGACCCGAAGAUCGAGCAGGCCCUGGCAGCCGUAGAGAAGAAGAUAUCCAAGAUCUAUGUGGCAGAGGACGGGCGGCUCAAGAUCCGAGGGGCGCUGAUGUGGACGUACAUCACCAGUGUGAUCUGCAAGAGCAUCUUUGAGGCUGGCUUCCUCGUUGGCCAGUGGUACCUGUACGGCUUCUCCAUGGUGCCCCGCUACGUGUGCAAGAGGGACCCCUGCCCCCAUCAGGUGGAUUGCUUCAUCUCCCGCCCUACCGAGAAGAGCAUCUUCAUCAUCUUCAUGCUGGUGAUGGGUCUGAUCUCCUUAAUCCUGAACCUCCUGGAGCUCUUCCACCUCUGCUGCAAGAACCUGCUUAGCAACAUCAAGAAGGCAUCGGGGCCAGUCGCCCUGAGCCAGGACACCUUUGCCGACGAUGUGGCCUCUGGUCCCUACGCGCCCAAGCACUACUCAUUCCUGCCCAUGGCUGAGAGCCACACGCCGCCCUACCAGGCCUACAACAAGCUCUCCAGCGAGCAGAACUGGGCCAACUUGCGCAACGAGGAGAACCUGGUGCUGGGCAGGGACAGCAGGCCCCUCUCGGACCCCUACGCCCCCAGGACUACUGAAGCCCUCGCCCCAGAGGGGAAGCUGGGCAGUCGGCCUGAGAGCUCAGCCUCCAAAAAGCAGUAUGUCUAG